ACCUUCAAAGGCCAGCCCUUCUUCCUUAGAAGUGCCGAAGACUAUCGAGAAGGUUUGCAGAGUGUCCCCAGAACGGACUUUGGAUUGAGUGGAACCGUCCAGACUGUAGACCACCAAACAGAUCAACACCUAGAAUGGCUACUGCAAGCACCUCUGGACAAAGCCCCUUUGGGCUGAGCAGGAAGAAGAGGGCCCCUGGACUUCUGGAUCAGAUUGGCAGGUUCUUUAAAGGAGACAAAAAGAGAAAGGGAAAGGGCUCAUUUCGUGGUCAUCUAUCCUCCUCUCCACAGAGACCCCAGCACUCUUCCACCCGUCGUCGUGGAGAUGUCAACCCUGUGGUGCAUUUCUUCAGGAGCUUUGUGUCCUCUCCUCGUCCCAAGUCAAGGUGGAGAGAACUAUUGGGCCUGGCUUCCCCGUCAGCGCGUGGCUCGGAGAGCAUUAGAUCGCCUCACAGACGCAGAAGGGAACAGAAUACACUCUCCAGAAUCUUCAACCUGGGAGAAAGCCGAUCUCGCUCUCCACCCAAACGCUGGAGCACCAUCUUCUGAGCCCUUCGCCGACCAGAAAAACACUAAGAUGGAAGAGAGUGAAACGGAAGAAAAGCAAAAAAUUGAGAGGGAGGAUCUCUGCCUUAUAGAUUCACAAGUCGCAGCGAGUUUAACAGACUAACAUUGGCCAUCUUCGCUUCCUAGAUAGAGAUACAAUCCAAGUAUCUGUUGCUACAUGCCUGCAGGGUUUCAUAAGCACGUGUUGACUGUAUGUGUGCAAAACUGCAGCAAUAACUGUCAAUGGUCAGGUGAUGCGAUACGUCUAGUUGCUAUACUGAAAGUCUCCCUUCAAAAUUUAGUUGAAGUGACCAAUUCGAAAAUGUUCCAAGAGCAAAAAGGGAUCAUCAUCCCUCAGCAAUGCAGAUUAACCAAAAGGUUUGAUAAUAGUCUUAAUUGACAGAACCAGACAGAAUAUUUCUCUGUUUGAACAGAUAAAAGUAGGAAAUCAUGGCCAUUAAAACCCAUUAUCUUAUAAUUCUGAAUUCGUCUCAGAUCUAUCUUACAUAAUGGGUUGUUUGUGUGCCAUCCAGCAAUUGAUGCGUGACAUUAGUGCUACAGUGAAAAAGCCUCUCCAUGGUUUUGUUGAGAUCAAUGUUCAACCUCAGUGAUGUGCUGUGUAUUUGUGGAUGUUUAUUGUGGUCCUUGUGUUGCAUUAUAUAUUGUUUAUUUACUUUGUAUCAGGAGUUUGUAUAUAGGAUUCCUUAUUGUAUUUUAAGCAAUAUAAAAAUGAUGACAAGUUAACAUUUACCUAAUAUUAAAUUUGAUUUAUUUGAGAAAUUAUUUAGCUCCUAAUUACGAACACGCUUUAAAAUCAUUAAAAGAAGACUAAAAACAAAACCUUUGUGGACUAGGGAAUAGAUUCUAAGCAUAUAUGACGCUUGGAUUGUAUGCCCUCAGAUGUUGCACUGCAGUAUGUGUGUUAAAACAGCCUGUAAAAGUUGUCUGCGUCAUUAUGUGUGCAAUUUUGAUAUUAUUUUAGAAAGGUCUCAUAUAAUUACCAGGGGUAGGAUUAAUAUUUAAAUAACAGACAAGCAGAAAUCUAGGACAAACAGUCACUGGGAGCAUAAAGGGUUUAAAACCGGUGGGAAGAAAGGAAGGAAACAUGAAAGUGUAAGAGGGAAAACGUGGGAAAUGAUAAACCAGGUAUUCUGAAAUGAAGUUUAUUCAGCUGAUUUUUUUUUUUUUUUUUUCUUGUGAUGUUUCUCAUGUGUCUUAAUAAUGUUCAUUGUUUCGUGUCUCAUAGACUCUUCCUGUAUGUACUGUUUCUGAAAAAGUGCUGAAUAAACAUUAGGUCACAUAUUCUCCCUGUCAGCGCUGGAUUUGUCUCCAAAAUGGUGCUACACUUUCUAUAAUGCACAGGAUAUUCUGAAGUGGCCAGGUGUUCUGAUGUUAUAUCUUUAACCCUCCCUUUAUUUAUAAAGUAACGUUAAAUAAAGAAUCAGAAAUGUA